GUUAUCCCCCUAUACCAAUUUAGGUACUUAUAAAUGUAUUAAUACAAACAUACAAGAUGGUUUGAACAACGUGGAUCCAAUGUGUGACGGAAUAGAGGUAGAAUCCUACCGGGAUACAGGUCACGUCCUAAUCGAUUGGAUUCAGGAGUACUGUGAUACGGAAUCUGAUACCGGAAGAUGUAAUGCACGUAAUAGGAUACUGAUAUCAGUUGUUGACGGGAAUGCGGCGAAGUUUGUUCAACUGCUGCUAACUGCCUUCCAAGAUGUCGCUUCAAUUAGACAACCUAAAGAUGACGAUGUGGCACGUAAGAAGAAUUUUGUGAAACUAUUUUAUGAAAUCGCAUCUCGGAGUGAACAUCUAGAUUACGGUGAUGCGGUAAUGCCGUUUUUAGCAGAAUGCUUAGAUCACAAAGUAUGUAUUCACUACGCCAUAGUAUCGAUGCGUGCCCUGCUGCAACGUCAUGUCACUUUAUCUAAGGUAGACCAUGAGUUGCUAGUGCGUUUGCAAAGUUUCUAUGAUACCGCAUUGUCGUAUAACAUAGCAUCCUUGGCGCAGCAACCACGUAUAGACUUUUUGUGGAUUACUCAGUUCUUACUGGACUCUUACAAGAGGGUUGGCCAAGUUUGUCCGAAGCAUGUAAUAAAGCAAUUUUGUCGUGUCGUUGUUGGUGAGAAGGAUCCACGUAACCUGUUGUUGUUGUUUGACAUACUGGUGACGUUCGCAGGCUUCGAUUCAGAUGAUGAGGAUAUUGACAUAUUAUCGCAAGUGUACACCGCAUAUUAUCCUAUACAGUUCAUUCCGCCUAAAAACGAUGUUAUUGGUAUUACUCCUAUGGAAUUGAAAGCAGCUCUUCUGCGUGUUUUCAAGGCUAGUCACAAAUUUGGCAAGCAUUCUCUGGAGGUGAUUAUCGAUUGCCUUUAUUCAGGUUACGCCAGCAAAGAGGAGCAUGCUACUGUCAUAGCAGACGCCCUAAGAUACUUUAAUGAAUGUUUGCCUGUAUAUGGGCAGAAAUGCUACACGGCGCAUUUAGAUUCCCUUUUGGAUGUAUUCACAUCCGAGUUCCUCCAGGUCUCAAGGGAGGAAUCAACUGACCAUAUACCAAUUCCAUUGGACUUGGUCACUACUACAGACCAGGAUACCCCUACAAUAAGCGAGUGUAUAAACGUAUCCUGCGCGAAUAGAAUAGCAAAGGCCUAUUACAACGGUUGGGCAUCAGUCUCAAAGCAGCUUAAACUGUUUGGUGAGGUAUUGAAAUUCUAUUUGCAGUCCGUUGAUAUACAUUCUUGUAAAGAUCGCAUUGUGAGGUUUUUAGUGGAACUCCGCGAUCAGCUUGUCGCAGAAGCCUCCAAGUAUCCCGAUGCCAAUGUACACGCAGCAUACUUUUUGGAUAUCUUAUCGGGUAUAGAACCACUCCACAGACUGUUACUAGAUCAUGUCGCUCUACCUCUGUGUAGCGCUGUGAUCGUAAGCUAUGCGGACUACGACAAAGGCCAAAUGUCGGAAUCUGACCUUCAUGCUGAGCUAAGUAGAAUCGUUCCCAUCCUGGGGAAUACACUGUUUCCAAAAAUAGUGGGUUUAAUAAAGCACCCAUUGAAGCAUGAACAUGCAAAUGGAAUCACAUUAGCAGGUCUAUGCUGUAUACGUCUUAACGACAUGGAGCUAUUUAGCGCCGGGUUGCGAUUGGUCACUCUGGCAGUAACUGCAUCAAAAACUGCCAUGGUGGAGCAAGUACUCACUCAUUGUUUAAAGGAAUCGGGGGUUAUAUCAGGUACUACACCGGUUUGUGGUAACCAGCGCAUAAAACUAUAUGCUGAAGCCUUUAUAGCCAUGUUCAAGGCGCACUUCUAUGACUCAGGGUUUGUGUUAAAUGCAGUGCAAAGAGUGUCGGAUAGCAUCCUAUCUACUCUAGAUAUAGAAGACACUGUAAAGGCUUAUGUAAUGACAGACGUCGAUAUAUCGCGCGAACUGGCUGAAAUCAUGGCCAUAACUAUUGACAAAUGUGAGGAUGUAUCGGUGGUUAACGGGAUAGUGGACGCUUUGACUAAAUGCUUCGUUUAUGUUUGUGAAAACCCUGGAUCUACAAUCACCACUUUUGUUGCUAUCCUAUCACUGGCUCUAACGGCUAACCCCAAUAAGGUAGCACCUAGACUCGGGGAACUAUUAUCGUACGACACGUUACUGCGUUACUAUAAAACCUUGAUUGUACAGGGAAAUCCAACAGCCGGUCUAUUGAAGUUCGGUACUACAAUAAUACCGCAAUAUAUGUCAAUAGUCCUGAUAAGCCAACCAAGUAUUUCGGUGGAACGACUCUUAGCAGAUGGACUCGGUAUGCUAAUUCCAGUGUUGAUAGUGAAUCCAAAUGACGAUAUGGUGGAUGUUCUGGUUGGAUACUCUAGAACCAAAGGGGUUAGUACCGCAGAAAUGGAAAUGAUCGGCCUUGUACUACAUCGCUGGAUAACUGGGCAUUUGGAAAUAACAAAUAGUGCCAUGUAUAACGAUGGUUUGGCCGUCGAUCUGGAGGAAGACAACGCACAAUUAAUGGAAGAAGACAAACGAAGACACAAUCGUUUGGAACGAGUAGUUACAUCUGGGCUCCAUCCUUGUGCCAUGGUUUAUAUCCUAGAAGCAAUGAAUUACAACACAGCUGUGGGUUUGGGAUUAGGCAGUUAUAUAAAGUCACUACCCCUAACCUGCCUAAUGGCGUUCGUAUCACGGAUGUGCCCCUUCGUACCAGAUAAACUCGCGGCCAAUAUGGAGUUAUGCGGAUUUAACUUGAAGAGUACAGGAACCGGGAUGCUGUCGUAUAACGACCUAUUCCUAACGGAUGGUACACAAAUCGAACAGUUACCCUAUGUCGAAAAGAUGCAAUACAAAUUUGUCAAGGCCCAUUGUAACGUAGGUACCACGAGUGACAUGCGUUUGGUUAAAUGGCUAAUUGAAAUUUUGGCACCAAUAAACCGGGAUUUAAACUCAUUGGUGGCUAUAGCAACUAUUUUGCUUCACAUGGAUGAUGGGCUACUGACCAGUGAGUAUGCAAACAUUGUAAAUGUUAUACUGCAACAAUAUGUAGAACUAGGCAAUAACCUGGAUCAUAUAAAAAUAACUGCGCUACAAACACCUGAAUUGGGCCUUCAAAAAACUUCCAAAGAUGAUACAAAUGCAUAUGAAACGUGGCUGCAACAUGAAUUCUUUUUCUUGAGCCAGAUAAUUUUGCUGAGGAUUCUAUGCCAACAUGAAGAUGACGACGCUAACAAGCGCACAUUUGUAUAUUAUCCGGUACAAAGCCAAGAUAAUGUUAUGAAAAAGGAUCGAAAUCCAGCUUUGUGCCUAGAAGUUGACCAGUGGGAACGUUUUGUCGAUGGCGCUGUAAACGUCGCUAUUAAGACAGCCGUACCCAUAUGCCGCAUACUGGCUAUACUUAUCGUACACUGUGUUGUUACACAGUCGCCUAAAACUAUACCGGGCACAUACUGCAAAGCUGUUAUGAAGCGUAUGAGCCAGUGUCUGGGAGAUAGAUGCCAACAGGCUCGCAUGGUAGCAUUAACUUGUAGACAUAAGUGGCUUCAAAAAUAAUAUUAGCAUUAAAAUGUAUAGACAUCCCUAUGC